GUCACCAACUACAAUCCCGUUUGGUGAAUUUCACCAAUUCAAAAUGAAACUGCGAACCCAAAACCAAAACGCGAUUCUACCCCGCCGUGGAAGUUACACUAACCUUCUUCUCGUUAUUGCCAUUGCGUUUCUGUGUGGCGUUUCCGUAGUUGCAACCAAUGAAAGAGUUACACACAUCAAAGGAGACCCCAAUUCCGUGGUUUGGGUUGUUCAGCUUUCCGAUCUUCAUUUCAGCGUUCACCAUCCAAACAGAGCCCUUGAUUUCACCGAUCACGUGGGUCCCACACUUUCCAUCAUCAACCCCUCCCUCGUUCUCAUCACCGGCGAUCUUACAGAUGGUAAGAGCAAGGACUUACUUACAAUGAAGCAGCAUGAGGAUGAAUGGGUGGAGUACAGGGAUGUGAUGGAUGCUGUUAUUGAGAGAAGUGGAGUUCACAAGAGCUUGUUCUUUGACCUAAGAGGCAACCAUGAUAGUUUUGGUGUUCCUGUUAUUGGUGGUGCCUUUGAUUUCUUUUCGAAGUACAGUAUUAAUGGACAGUUAGGAAGAAAUGGGAGUGUCAAUAGUGUCACCCUUGAGACUCGGGAGCGGAAACAUCUCUUUGUUGGGUUUGAUAGCACAAUGUCAAUUGGCUUAAGAGGUCCAACUAAUCUUUUUGGGCAUCCCACAGAUCAAUUACUAAAUGAUCUAGACUUGGAACUCUCACAGUGGGAUUCUCAGUCAGAAAAGCCAGUUACCAAAAUAUCCUUUGGGCAUUUUCCACUCUCAUUUUCUGCACCCUCUAGUUCUGGAAGGACCCUGGAAGAUGUUUUUCUAAAGCAUUCCAUUUCAGCUUACCUGUGUGGGCAUCUUCAUACCAAAUUUGGUAUGAACUUAAAGCGGCACCAUCAAUUGAGUCAUCGCUCUUUAUCCUUGCAGAAAUUUGUUCAGUUUAAUAUGCACCACAGUUCAUUUGAAAGUACUGUAAAUUGUUCAUUGGGUGUGCCAACAAUUCAAGAGUUUUGGGAGUGGGAGAUGGGUGAUUGGAGAAAGAGUAGAGCCCUUCGAAUUUUAGCCAUUGAUCAAGGCCAUGUUUCUUAUGUUGAUGUUGAUUUCAAAUCAGGGACCAAACAUGCAAUUAUAUUGCCCACUUUUCCUUUGGACUCACGCGACAUGCUGACAUCUUCAUGCCAUCACGACUAUGAAUGUCAAUCUGUGGCCCCUUCUUCUUAUGAGACAAUUCGAGCUCUGGUAUUUUCUGUUUCUCCAGUUGUAUCAGUUGUAGCUAGGGUCUAUGAUUCUCGAUCUGGAAGCCUUGAUUUAGUUGUAGAAACACAUAUGAUCAAGCAUGCUGAUGAGAACUCAAGGGAGAACUUCUAUGUUGCCCAAUGGAAUUACAAAGCAUAUGAGGAUCCUUCUCCCGAUAGAUAUUGGCUUCAAAUUGAAGCAAAUGACAUCACAGGCAGAUCAACUUUGACUGAAUUGAGGCCAUUUUCUAUCAACGGUCAUAAUCUCAAGCUUUCUUGGAGCUGGAAGGAGUUUUUGGUCAUGGGUUGUCAAUGGGCUGUCCUUUAUUACCCACUAUUCUGGUCUGCUCUGUGCUUUAUGUUCAUCUUCCUUCUUCUUCCAAAAGUUCUCCUUGUUUUUACAAAGAAGAUAUACAAUUACAAGAACUUUAUCGCCAAUAAAGGCUUAGUAAAUGGUGUUUUAUGGGUUCUCCAGGAGCUAUGUAGGGUUCACACAUUAUGGUUUGGUUGGAUAGGAUACCUAUUUUAUCUUGUAUUGUUCCCCUGGUUUAUUGGGCAAGUAUUUAGCGAAGGGGAAAACAAAGUAUACAUGACUUAUAUGGGUUGGGCUGUAGCUUCUUCUAAUGGAAAUGGGAAGCAUGAGUAUGUUGGAUCUCCAGAUAUUAUGGUGGUGGUUCUUCCCCAUCUAAUAUUUGUAGUUUUGCCUGCACUUUUGGUCUCUAGUGCUCUGAUGGCUGAAAGAGCAAUUUACCGGGAACACAUGUUAGCAUUUUUGGUGAAGAAAAAGGAUGAUCUUGAUAUGGACUACAGAAAAUCUGUAUUAAAUGGCAACCAAAGCAGCAUAGUAUCUAAUAUUCACUUUGGCAAACGAUGGAUCCGGAAGCUUCUCUGUGUGGUGUGCUUGGCAAUAUGUUGGAAGCAUUUUAUGAAUUGCAGAACUCUUAUGAAAGCUUAUGAGAUGAACCCAGCGCUCCAUUUCUUUGGCUAUGGUCUUUCAAUUCCCUUCUUGUUGGUGCAUGCUAUCUGCGAAACAAGAACUGUUGAAUGAAACUUGUUCGAAGGGUUCACAUAUACUUGACCAAGUCUACAUGUUUAGAAUGGAACCAGAGGAUACAAUUGUGGUUCUGUGGUCGGUGUUAAAAUUGGUUGAAGCUAGCCGGGUUCAACAAAUAUAUAGACCCAUCAA